UUUUAUCCAUCACUGUCUGUUGGGAAACUGUUGUGGGAUCUGUCAGACAAGGAACACAAUGGGAUUAUUUCAAAGUAAACAACAGACGGAACCAGCUCCUUGUAGUCUCCUCACAGUAAAGAUAAUAAAAAUCAAGAACCUCCGGAAAGCAGAUCUAUUAACCCAGUCUGACUGCUAUGUGAGUUUAUACUUACCUACCGCUUCAGUGAAAAGGAUGAAGACACAGACCAUCAAAGAUUCUAAGGAUCCUGUGUGGAAUGAAACUUUUCACUUCAGAAUUCAGAACAAAGUAAAGAAUAUUUUAGAAUUUAAAGUCUAUGAUGAAGACAAAAUUACAGAAGAUGACCACCUCCUGACUGUUAUGUUUGAUGUAUCUAAAAUCCAACUUGGAGAAACGGUUCCCCUGAGCUUUCAGCUGAAUCCAAAGGGCAAGGAGGAACUAGAAGUUGAAUUCACAAUGGAGAGCAGCCCUGAUGUUCCAGAAAAAAUUCAUACCAAUGGAGUCUUAGUGUCUCGUGAAGUUGCCUGUUUAGAAGUUCAAGUGAAUGGGGGAAGAAGAAAAGGUGUCUUAUCAGAAAGACCUUUUACUCUUUCAGUGGAUGGAUCCUAUGAAGAAGCUCAAAAUCUCUCUUUAGGUUACUGGCUUUGUCCUGCUUCUCCUGCUAAAUUUCACUAUAUCAAAUACAACCAAUCAGAUCUUAACAUUGAAUUGCCAAGAAGACAGUUCUGUGCAAUUUCCAGACAAAGCAAUGAAUCAACAACUGUUCCUUUGAACUCACUUCCAAUAAAUGAGAAAGUGACGAUAACACCGGACACAAUAUUUGAUUUGAGUGUGAAGGCAAAGGAAUGGACCCAGGGGCUGUUCUUUAAAACACCAAAAGCUCUUGAUGUGCGCCUAGGAUAUGGUCUGUGCUCAGACGAAAAUAAUUUCCUGCAGAAACGAAAGAAAGUGGUAGCUGCAACUCUGAAAAGUAUUCUUCCUUUGGGGCAAGGCCUGAAUGACCAUGAAGUGCCAGUAGUUGCUAUGACAACAACAGGAGCUGGGAUGAGAGCAUUAACAGCUCUUUAUGGCACUCUUUGGGGUCUCCAGAGAACAAAGCUUUUGGACUGUAUUUCAUAUAUAACUGGAUCAUCUGGAACCACAUGGACUAUGACAAAAUUGUAUGAAGAUAGCAACUGGUCAAAUAAAGAUCUUGGGGAAAUCAUUUUGCAAGCUCGGAGGCAAGCAGCCAAAUCUAAGAGGGGUGCCUUUUCCUUGGAAAAACUGAAGUCUUACCAUAAGGAGCUGGCUCAGCGGACCAUCGCAGGAUAUAAAUCUUCUUUUAUAGAUCUUUGGGGACUCAUGAUUGAAGCCAUGCUGAAUGAUGCGAAUAAUCAUCAUAAACUCUCAGAGCAACGACGGGCAGUGAACAAAGGUCAGAACCCUCUGCCAAUCUACCUGGCACUCAAUGUGAAAGACAACAUCACCACAAAAGAUUUUAGAGAGUGGUUAGAGUUCACACCAUAUGAAGUAGGAUUUCCAAAAUACGGAGCUUUUGUUCCCGCUGAAAACUUUGGAAGCGAGUUUUACAUGGGGCACAUAAUGAAGAAACUCCCAGAAUCAAGGAUAUGUUUUAUGCAAGGAUUGUGGAGUAGUGUAUUUUCCAAGAAUCUAUUAGAUGCUUGGCAUGCGGCAGACAAUUCAGAAGAUUUCUGGAACAGGUGGACCCAAGAUACUGUCACAGAGAUUGAUGAAGUGCCUGAUAUACCGGAGAGACCGCAUGAGAUGCCAACUCGCAUGUUCACUCCUGCUGGAGGUCUUUCCAAUACUCUACGGGAUAUUUUAACAGAUCGUCCAGCAGUAUCCAAAUAUAACAAUUUUUUAAAAGGGCUCCAAAUGCAUAAUGAAUAUGUACAGCACCAACAAUUUACUAAAUGGAAAGAUACAAUGCUUGAUGAAUCCCCAAAUCAACUGAAAGAUUCUACAGAACAAUUGGAACUUGUAGAUACAGCCUUCUUCUUUGAUACCAGUUGCCCUCCACUUCUCAGACCAGAGAGGAAAGUGGAUGUUAUUCUGCAUUUCAAUUAUACCGGAGGGUCACAAACCAAGCCUCUGGAACAUGCCUCCGCAUAUUUCUCAGCACAAGGGAUCCCAUUCCCCAAGAUUUUGCUAAAUGAGGAGGAAAAGAAAAAUAUGAAAGAAUGCUACAUCUUUGAAGAUACAGACAAUCCUGAAGCCCCCAUCCUGCUUUAUUUCCCACUAGUGAAUGACACCUUCCAAAGAUAUAUCGCACCUGGCAUAGAACGUAAUGCAGCUCAAUUGCCACAAGGCAAUGUUGAUGUCUCAAGUGCCUUUUCACCAUAUUCUACAAGACAGGUCUCACUGCAGGAGGAGGAAUUUAACAAGCUGUUAAAUCUAACCAACUAUAAUGUUCAGAAUAAUGCAAACACAAUCUUGGGGGUUUUGCACAAGGUGAUAGAACGGAAGAAACAGGCUCAAUUACCUCAGUCAUCAUCAUGAAAUUGCCAUCUUUGACUUGUAAAAGGAAACAUACAUGUAAGAACUCCAAGCUCUGAUAAAAAAAAAAAAAGGAUAGCUAAUGUAAAAUAAUUGAAGUUGGUUGAAUUGUACUAUAGUCUUAAAUUACAAUAUAAUAUAGUUGCAUAUUUGAAUCAUG